CAGCCGGCAGAUCGGUGCGCGGAGGAAGCUGCCCCUCCACUUAUGCACACUAAUCCACAACCACGUUGUCUCUCGAAGGAAAGACUCGUCGUCACUGCGUACGAGGACGAGUGAUUUGUCGCGAGCACGCAUUAUGGGGUUCGAUGUGAACCGAUUUCAGGGCGAAGUUGACGAGGAACUAGUUUGUCCGAUAUGUUCCGGCGUUUUGGAGGAUCCAGUCCAGGUGAGCAAUAUGUUGCAGGCACCUGUAUGCGAGCACGCUUUUUGUCGUACAUGCAUUAACGAAUGGAUAAACAGACAACCUACCUGCCCCUUGGACCGUACACCAAUUACAUCUGCUCAACUCAGAGCAGCUCCAAGAAUUCUUCGAAAUCUUCUGGCCCGUCUAUGUAUUAGUUGUGAUAAUAUUAUGUAUGGAUGUCAAGUAAUAGUUAAGCUUGACAGUUUGGUAUCACAUUUAGAACAAUGUGAAUAUAAUCCCAAGAGACCUAUGCUUUGCGAGCAAGGAUGUAGUCUUAUUAUUCCUAAAAAUGAGUUAAAAGAUCAUAACUGCGUGAAGGAACUCAGAAACAUUAUUCACUCGCAGCAACAAAAACUUGCUGAUAUGAAACGUGAACUGGGUGAACAACAACUUCAAAUAAACGAGCACAAAAGAGAAAUACACCUUUUGAAAGAUUUUAUGAGAGCAUUGAGAGUUUCAAAUCCUGCGAUGCGAGUCAUUGCCGAUCAAAUGGAGAGGGACGAAGUUGUAAGAUGGUCUGCUACUCUUCCACGAGCAAGAGUGACAAGAUGGGGAGGAAUGAUUUCUACACCAGACCAAUCGUUGCAGACGAUGAUAAAAAGAACUUUAUCAGAGUAUAAUUGUCCACCUCAUGUAAUCGAUGAGUUAAUGGAGAAUUGCCAUGAAAGAAAAUGGCCUCCAGGCUUAAAUUCUCUCGAAACUAGACAGAACUCUAGACGGCAAUAUGACAGUUAUGUUUGUAAAAGAGUUCCUGGCAAACAAGCAGUGUUAGUUCUCUAUUGCGAUAACACGCACAUGCCAGAAGACAUGAUGGUCGAACCUGGGUUAGUUAUGAUUUUUGCACAUGGUAUUGAGUAAUAUUUAUAUCAAUACUAUGCACAUGCCAAGAUAUUUUGAUGUCCAUCUAUUUUGUUGUUUGUUACAUUCACCAUGAUUAAUUAUCACGGUGUAUGGAAUAUCUUUAUACUUACUAUGUGCAGAUACCAGGAUAUUCGUUUAAUAUAUCAUGCAUUUGAAAUGCAGGAUAUCUUUUCAAAAGUAUUGAAAGGAACAAACGACGUAUGCCUUUUGUGAUAAACAAUUGUACAGACACAAUUGCCACAUACAAAAAUCUAAUUGAAUGUCUAGAUCGUUAUACUGUGAUAUACUAU